CGCCGUAGCGGGGGGUGCAGUGGGUCCGAACUACGGUGGCCGCGCGGUGCGGGUCCGACUGGGCUGGGCGGUGGGGCGCGGGCCGGGCCGGCCGCCAUGGGCAACCUGUUCGGCCGUAAGAAGCAGCAGAGCCGGGUCACGGAGCAGGACAAGGCCAUCCUGCAACUGAAACAGCAGCGGGAUAAGCUGAAGCAGUACCAGAAGAGGAUCACCCAGCAGCUGGAGCGGGAGCGGGAGAUCGCCCGGCAGCUCCUACGCGAUGGCAGGAAGGAACGAGCCAAGCUGCUGCUUAAGAAGAAGCGAUACCGGGAGCAACUCCUGGACAAGACGGAAAACCAGAUCACCAGCCUGGAGACCAUGGUCCAGAGUAUUGAGUUCACCCAGAUUGAAAUGAAAGUGAUUGAGGGGCUGCAGUUUGGAAAUGAGUGUCUGAAUAAGAUGUAUCAGGUGAUGUCCAUAGAAGAGGUGGAGCGGAUACUGGACGAGACACAGGAGGCUGUGGAAUACCAGCGGCAAAUAGAUGAACUGUUGGCAGGAAGCUUCACUCAGGAGGACGAAGAUGCCAUCCUGGAGGAGCUGGAUGCAAUCACUCAGGAACAGAUAGAGCUACCAGAGGUUCCUUCAGAGCCUCUUCCUGAGAAGAUCCCAGAGAAAGUCCCCGUCAAGGCCAGGCCCAGGCAGGCGGAACUGGUGGCAGCCUCGUAAUGCAGCCUUCUUGCGUGGAACUCGCAGGGACUCCCGAGGACUGGGGUGCACAGAGUUUGGGUGCAUGGCCAGCCCUGACCGGCUCCGAGGAGGCAGGCGCCGGGCCAGGAGGGCCGGGAGCUGACGGAGCAGCACAGCACACGGGGCUCCUGAUAGGAUGACUUCACGGAGCGUUUCCCUGGCGCUGCUGUCGUGCUCUCAUUUCUGGAUUAAAUGGCAACAUUCAAACCCUCCAGCCAAACACAGCUUCUGAAGCUGUGGUUCCCACAGGCCACGGCCAGGGCCACUGCUCUUGGUGCUGGUCACACCUCCCCUCUCGGUCGCAUGGCUCCAUGGGCCAGUGUCUCCGCAGUACUGUCUUCUGUGGAAGGCACAUCAGACCUGGCCUCCCUGCCCUUCCCUUUCCCUUUUUAACCUGUUGCUCCCAUUAGCUGGCAGGGGCUUUGGUCCCUGCCUUGGCCUGGCUCCCUGACGUACCCAGUUUCUGUGUAGAUUUCGGGGUGGAAACUUCUCUGCUUCUGUGUUGGCAUUUGGGGGUGGUGGACCAAGAGGGGCACGUCCCUGCUGGAAUUUGAUGACUCUAGGAGCUCUGCCGACCCCGUCACUCCUGGGGCCGUACACAGAGGCCCAGUCCUGCUGGCGGACGUUCAGGAUAGCCAGCAGGUCCUGCUGGAGCUCCCCGAGUGGCCAGCUCUGAGCUGUCAGCGGCCAAGUGGAGACUGCAAAGGAUGGAAAUGACUUCCCUAGUUCACGGUUCAUUUUGGAAUUAGACAAUCUCCCUGAGAUUUCACUCCAAAUAAGAAGACAAAGGGGACCCUCUUAGCCCCCCAGACAGGCCAGCCCCAUAUUAAAGUUGACGCCCGCACAGCC